GUAAUGAAAACGGAGCUAAGAAGUGUAGUGUCUUCUGGAGCAGAGAUGGGCAAUCUCCUUUGCUAAUAACAAAUAGCCGAAAAAGGAGGAAGUGAGUGGCAUCUAGUCAAUCUUCUUGAGUCCCAAGAAGUUAUUUCAGUAUUGAGAUAACCAUGUCUGGAGAAAGGAUAAUCCAUGUCGUGAUGCAACGGCUCUUGAUCUGGACAGCAUUUCUGUUAAUGGAAGGUUCAAAGUCUCGCUCAGAAGAAUUUGUCCCCCAGAUCCUUGAUCAUCCUUCUGACCUUGUAGUUCGCUGGGACCAACCUGCUACCUUGAACUGCCGCGCCACUGGGAACCCUGAACCCACAAUUGAAUGGUACCGGAAUGGAGAAUAUGUGAAAACAAACAAAGACGAUGCAACCUCACAGCCGACCCUACUGAUGGAUGGGUCCCUCUUCUUCCUCCGUCUCAGCCAGAAGAAGGGGAAAUCGGAUGAAGGGGUGUACAACUGUGUGGCCAGAAACCAUCUUGGCACAGCCAUUAGCAAGAAUGCUUCUCUUUACGUAGAAGCUCUUCAAGAAGAAUUUCGUCUUCAUCCGAGUGACUUGGUGGUGACAACUGGAGAACGGUUAUUGUUAGAAUGCAUGCCCCCUAGAGGACAUCCUGAACCUACUAUUUCAUGGAAGAAAAAUGGGGUGCUUAUAAAUGAGGAAAGUGAUCGUUAUGAGAUUGUCCCUGGAAAGCUUCUGGUACCUUCUGUCUUGAAGAGUGACUCAGGAGCCUAUGUUUGUGUGGCCACCAAUCAAGUAGGAGAGAGAGCCAGCCGAGCAGCCCUGGUCACUGUCUUGG